AUGGACAAAUUCGACGUUAUUAUUUGCGGUAGUGGCUCCGCUGGUCUUUGCGCCGCAACCUGGCUCGCCCGUUAUGGCAUCCGAUGCAAGAUUCUCGAGCGCCGGGAUGGUCCCAUGAAGAUGGGACAGGCAGAUGGAGUGCAGUGUCGAACCGUUGAGAUCUUUGAGAGCUUUGGUGUUGGCGAGGAGCUAUUGCGCGAGGCCUAUCAUGUUCUUGAAGUGAACUUUUGGGCAGAUGAUGGGUCGGGUAUUAAGCGCACUGGUCGGACGGCUGAUACGCAGCCUGGAUUGUCCCAUCAGCCGCACGUUAUUCUGAAUCAGGCCCGCAUCAAUGGGCUGCUUAUUGAGCUGAUGCAGAAGUACAAUGAUCAGCAGAUUGAUUAUGGGUAUAAUGUUACUGAUGUCAAGGUGGAUGGCACAUCUGCGGACUCUGAUACUCAUCCUGUCACCGUGACCGCGGAACGGGACGGGAAGUUAGAGAAGUUUGCGGCAAAAUAUGUCUUGGCAUGCGAUGGUGCACACAGCGUUGUUCGUAAGGCUCUGGGAUAUAAGAUGGUUGGAGAUAGCAGUGAUGCAGUCUGGGGUGUGAUGGAUAUGGUCCCUCGCACAAAUUUCCCUGAUUUCCGCAAGAAGUCCGCCAUUCGCUCCAAAGACGGGAAUAUCUUGAUCAUCCCCCGAGAGGGCGAGAAUAACAACUUGACGCGAUUCUACACCGAACUCCCCGCGGGGACAAACCCGAAGGACGUGACUCUGGAAAAACUGCAGCAUCAGGCACAGAAGAUCUUACAUCCGUAUCAGAUUGAGUUUGUCGAGAUGGUGUGGUGGUCUGCAUACUCGAUCGGCCAGCGCCAUGCCGAUUUCUUCCAUAAGGACCAUCGAGUCUUCUUGGCUGGUGAUGCUUGCCAUACCCACUCUCCUAAAGCUGGCCAGGGUAUGAAUGUCAGUCUCCAAGAUGGAUACAAUAUCGGAUGGAAGCUUGGUGAAGUCUUAGCGGGACUAGCUAGCCCUUCUUUGCUCGAGACAUAUGUCCUGGAGCGGGAAAAGACCGCCAUCGAUUUGAUCAACUUUGAUCGCUACUUUGCCAAGCUAUUCUCCUCCGGAGCCAAUACAUCUGCAGAAUUCCAGGAGGGGUUCAUCCAAGCAGGAAAAUAUACCGCUGGUCUCACGGCCAAGUAUGAUGCAUCUCCCAUUACUAGUGCCCUGGAGUCCACAGAGCUUGCAUCGAAUGUUGUGGUUGGCAUGCGCCUACCCAGUGCACAAGUGGUGCGGCUCUGUGAUUCAAAGCCCCUCCAACUCAUGAAGACGCUUAAAUCAGAUGGCCGGUGGCGUGUUAUGGCCUUUGUCGGUGAUCUUACAGUUUCGGAGAACCGGACCAAGUUGAACGCACUCGGAGAAUACCUGUCGUCACGCGACAGCCCAGUCCGAAUGUUUACACCAAAAUCCCAGGACGUGGAUAGUCUGAUCGAGACCAUCGUGAUUGGCCAUGGAAAGCGACAUGAUAUCGAACUGGAGCACAUACCCGAAUGCUUCUACCCAGUGACUGGUAAAAAUCAGACAAAGGAUCUGCACAAAAUAUACUACGAUGAUGAAAGUUACAACAGCGGCCACGGGCGUGCAUAUGAAUUCCUCGGCAUCAGCCCGAAAGAAGGGGCCCUUAUUAUUGUUCGACCUGAUCAAUAUGUCUCCGCCGUAAUCAGUCUCGAUCAGUACCGAAAAAUUGGCAAAUUCUUUGGGGGAUUUCUCAAACCGCAAACGUAG